AUGGAUAAUAAUAUAUAUAUGUCAUGCAAUGUGCCGUCAUUUGCAAGUUUGGACAGUCAAGAGCCGAGCGAAGCGGUAAAACUAAUACACAAACACUUUGAUACUCAAUCUAUCGACUAUUGCACGACUGGCAGUCAAUUAACAUAUUGUGGAGACUUGUCUUGUAAUACAGUAACUGAUACACAGAUCAUGGAUUUGGAUCCAAUCACAUUAUAUGGCAGUUAUAAUUCAUCAAACAAUAACAAACCUGAGCCCAACAAUAGGGUCACAGAUAUAAAGUCAGACAGACAGUGUAUGUUUUCAUCUCAACCACCGGAGCCAUCGUUUUUGUCGCCAACAAAACACUAUUAUAGUCACCCAUAUAAUGGACCACCUCUUCAAAGUUCCGCUUAUCCACUAAGUUCUUGUUUUCCUCAGUCGACAUCUCCGACAUAUUUUUAUGGCACUAAUGCCUACACUAAUACUAUACCUCAAUCUCCAACCCCGUCAUCCCCGGCUUCUUAUGUUAUUCACCCGCAAAUCUCAAUGAACCCAAAUAGCAAUUAUUAUACUUCUAGUCUAACAAGUCAUGGAUCUCAUACAACAAAUUCAAUACCAGAGCACUUCCAUAACUCUUCACCGCAUACACCGACAGCUUCCAUGAGUGUCAAUCUAUCGAUGAAUAUGACAAUGGGUUUUACCAAUAAUGAUCAGUCACAACAAAUUCAAUGGUCGGCUCCGGUACCAACAUUUCCCAAUUACAAUACAAAUCAAUCUUCUAAUACUGCAUUGCCUCACCAUCACAUACAUUCUUCCUCAUACAUAUCUCCAUCUCCCACAUCCUAUACCUUUACGGCAGAGAUUAGACCAUCAGAGCAUAUAAACAAUACAAAUUUAGGACAAAUUGAUAAAGAUUAUAUUAAUAAUAUGAAUAAUAUUUGUCCCAUUAAACCAACAACAACUACAAAUAACCAAACUAAUCAAACCAACCAAAACUGUCAAUCAAUGACCAACAGUGACCCCUUUCAAUGUCAUAUUCACCAUCACUGUAGAAGCAAUAAAUCUAGUCAUAAUAGUAUCAAUGAUUUAAAUAAUAUGAAUAACAAUAAUAAUAAUCACAAUAAUAUUGUUCAAACAAAUACAUUAACUUCUAGUCGUGAAAUAAACGAUAAAAAUCCUGAAAAUAUAUAUUCAAAUAACUUGUGUCGCAUCUGUGGUAAAACAUACGCCCGACCAUCGACUCUGAAAACUCAUUUAAGGACACAUUCUGGUGAAAAACCUUACAGAUGCAAUACAUGCAAUAAGUCCUUCUCUCAGGCGGCAAACCUGACGGCACAUAUCCGCACCCAUAGCGGUGAGAAGCCUUUCAGAUGUCCGGUAUGUGAGCGAAGAUUCUCGCAGUCGUCGUCAGUGACAACACAUAUGAGAACUCAUUCAGGAGAGCGUCCCUACCGGUGCUGUAUGUGUAAGAAGGCCUUCUCAGAUAGCUCUACGUUGACAAAGCAUUUACGCAUUCAUUCGGGAGAAAAGCCAUACCAGUGCCAGCUCUGUCUCAUCAGGUUUUCACAGUCGGGUAAUUUGAACCGUCAUAUGAGGAUUCAUACUUAA